AUUUUCUAAUCUAUUUGAUUGAAAAUAUGGCAACAUUGAAACUAGCUUUUGUUUCAAAAUAAUCAUCGGGAUUCAAAGUCCACUUUCUAGCGCAAGUAACAGUACAGUGUUGAUGAUAAGCUUGAUUGCAUGAUACUUUAUCACAUAUUCUACGUUUAGUGUAUCAUCCAAAUUUCACGUACAAUUUGAUAAAAUGAGCAAUUAUUUUUCGGUGUUUCAAAAGUCAGCCAAAUUUGUUGGUCAGUCGAUCGCAAUGAACCGUAACACAGCUCGUACGCUCUGCUCGGGCCCGGCAACAUCUUACAACUUUGAAACAUUAAAACUCACCACACCGAAGCCGUUCGUCGUUCAUGUGGAACUAAACCGGCCAGAUCGUCUAAAUGCUUUUAACAAGCGCAUGUGGACAGAAUUGGGUGAAUGUUUUAACCGGCUGCAUAACGAUCCAGACUGCCGCUCAAUUGUGCUAUCCGGGGGAAACAGUAAGCAUUUCACCGCAGGAAUUGAUCUGUUAGACAUGAUGAAAUUGGGUCAAGAACUUGGCGAAAUUGAUGAUAUUGGACGAAAGGCACGCAUGUUCGAAGGACUAAUCAAGCUUUAUCAAGAUUCUAUAAGUUCGUUGGAACGCUGCUACAAGCCAGUAAUUGCGGCUGUCCACACCGCAUGUGUUGGUGCCGGAGUAGAUCUGAUCACAGCUGCCGACAUCCGAUAUUGCACGCGUGAUGCAUGGUUCCAGGUUAAAGAAGUAGACAUUGGAAUGGCCGCAGAUGUUGGAACUUUGCAACGAUUGCCGAAAGUUAUCGGAAGCCAAAGCUUGGCUAGAGAGUUAUGUUUCACGGGACGGAAAUUUCAAAGUGUAGAAGCUUUGAGCUGUGGUCUUGUAUCCAAUGUGUUUGAAUCGCGGGAGGAAAUGAUUGCUAAAGCCAUUCAAUUGGCUGAUGAUAUAGCCAGCAAGAGUCCAAUUGCUGUCCAAGGAACAAAGAAGAAUAUGAUUUACUCUCUAGACCACACCAACCAAGAAGGUUUGGAUCAGAUACGAGAGAUGAAUAUGGCAAACUUGCAAAGUGAAGAUUUUAUCAACGCUGUGAUGGCUCAACAGAGUAAAGACGCAUUGCCUAUAUUUGCUAAACUUUGAUGUUUUUCUUUGCAGUUCUAAAUAAAAAUGAUCGCUUUUAUAUAUAAAAAACAAAUAAAAUAAUUUGAUA